CGUCCUCACCCGCCUGCUCGAGCUGCUCUCGGGGCAGACCCUGCCGCGCCCCACGCGGGGCCGGAUGCGGAUCCACUGCCUGGAGAACGUGGACAAAGCGCUGCAGUUCCUGAGGGAGCAGAGGGUGCACCUGGAGAACGUGGGGUCCCACGACAUCGUCGAUGGCAACCAUCGCCUCACCCUCGGCCUCAUCUGGACCAUCAUCCUGCGCUUCCAGAUCCAGGUGAUCAAGAUCAAGACCGAGGACAACCGCGAGACGCGCUCGGCCAAGGACGCGCUGCUGCUCUGGUGCCAGAUGAAAACGGCGGGGUACCCUGAGGUGAACAUCCAGAACUUCACCACCAGCUGGAGGGACGGCCUGGCCUUCAACGCCCUCAUCCACCGGCACAGGCCGGACCUCGUGGACUUCACCAAGCUGACCAAGUCCAACGCCACCCACAACCUGCAGGUGGCCUUCAACACGGCCGAGCAGCACCUGGGGCUCAGCAAGCUGCUCGACCCCGAGGAUGUGAACAUGGAGGAGCCGGAUGAGAAGUCCAUCAUCACCUACGUCGUGUCCUUCUACCACUACUUCUCCAAGAUGAAGGCCCUGGCCGUGGAGGGGAAGCGAAUCGGGAAGGUUCUGGAGCAGGUGAUGGAGAUCGGGGCCAUCACGGCUCGUUACGAGGCGCUGGCGGCCGAGCUGCUGGCCUGGAUCCACCAAACCAUCGCCGUCAUCGGCCACCAGAAGUUCGCCAACUCCCUGGCCGGGGUCCAGCAGCAGCUCCAGGCCUUCACCACCUUCUGCACCCUCGAGAAACCCGUCAAGUUCCAGGAGAAGGGCAACCUGGAGGUCCUGCUCUUCACCAUCCAGAGCAGACUCCGGGCCACCAACCGCAAGCUCUACGUGCCCAGCGAGGGCAGGAGCAUCUCUGACAUCAACAAGGCCUGGGGCCGGCUGGAGAAGGCGGAGCACGAGCGGGAGGUGGCCCUGAGGGAGGAGCUGAUCCGGCAGGAGAAGCUGGAGCUGCUGGCCCAGCGCUUCGACCACAAGGCCGGCAUGAGGGAGAGCUGGCUCAGCGAGAACCAGCGCCUCGUGUCCCAGGACAACUUUGGCUACGACCUGCCGGCGGUGGAGGCGGCCAUGAAGAAGCACGAGGCCAUCGAGGCCGACAUCUCCUCGUACCAGGAGCGCAUCCAGGUGGUGGUGGAGCUGGCCCUGGAGAUGGAGGCCGAGGGCUACUACGACACCAAGAGGAUCAGCGCCCAGAAGGACAACAUCCUGCGCCAGUGGGGCCUCCUCACCCAGCUGGUGGCGGCCCGGAGAGCCCGCCUGGAGCAGAACCUGGCCCUGCAGAAGAUCUUCCAGGAGAUGGUCUACAUGAUCGACUGGAUGGAGGAGUAUGCAGGUGGGGUCCUCCUGGUGUCCAAGGACCUGGGCAAGCACCUGCUGGAGGUGGAGGACCUUCUGCAGAAGCAGGGGCUGCUGGAGGCCGACAUCGCCGCGCAGACCGAGCGGGUCCAGGCCCUCAACGCCGCCGCCCUCACCUUCGCUGAGCUGGAGG